AUAAUCUUGAUCAUCUUUAUCAUCUUUAUCAUCCCUAGUUUCACAUGGCAUUUCUUUGAAUACGUACAAUACACUAAUACAAUGCAAUAACACAAUACAAUACACUACACUAUUCACACCUCCAGUUUCAUAAAACCAAGGAAAUCAUGCUAGAGGUAGAGAUAAUCCCUUAGGUAAAUUCCGCCAGUAGGAACAGGAACUGCCCCAUGGCAUCAUCCAAACGAUCCCGCGCCGCCUUCGAAGCCGACCUCCAAGCUCAACAGUCCCCUUACGUCCUCUUCGGCACCCCCCUACCACCCCUCGACCCCGAAGUCCGCGAUGACGGCUCUUACGUGCCCAUUUGGAAGCAGGAGGUGCGCGACGAACGCGGUAGGAAGCGCCUGCAUGGCGCCUUCACCGGAGGCUUCAGCGCCGGCUACUUCAAUACCGUAGGCUCUAAGGAAGGAUGGACGCCCUCGACCUUCGUGUCGUCGCGCUCCAACCGCCGCAAGGAUGACACUUCCGCCCAGAAACAGAACCGGCCCGAGGACUUCAUGGACGAGGAGGACCUUGCCGAUGCUGCCGAGGCGCAACAGUUGCAGACUGCACAGAGCUUCGCCGGUCUAGGGUCGAUGGACGAUGAUGGAUUGGUCCGACGCGGUGGUGGACUUGCGGAUAUUUUCCGUGUCCAGGGCGAAACCAUGGGCGUGAAGCUACUGAGGAGAAUGGGCUGGAAGGAUGGCCAGGGAAUCGGCCCCAAGAUUCGUCGAAAAGCGCGAUUGGAUGUUGGUGGUGUCAAACCGAACAGUAGUGGUAACACUCAAGGAAAGGAUGAGACAUAUCUCUUCGCACCAGAUAACGUCUCCAUGAUAUCCUUGACUCGCAAAAUGGACCGAAAGGGAUUGGGCUACGAGGGUGAAUCACGGUUAACGCCCAUGAAAAUUGGUGCACGAACGGAAGCUGGUGAGAGUUCCGACGACGAGGAUUCACUGAAAGGGCCUUUAAUACGACCGAAUGGGGCAAAGAAUAAGAAGAAACCCAACAAAUUCGCAAAAGGGGGUAUCGGAAUGGGUGUCUUGAACGACACGGGAUCUGAUGACGAGGACCCGUAUGAGAUCGGGCCCCGAAUAUCAUAUAAUCGUGUAAUAGGGGGCGAUAAGAAGAAAAAGAAAGCAGCGAACGUAACCACAUCAGUUAAUCCAGCUCUACGUUCAGCGCCUGUCUUUAUACCCCGCAAGAGCGUUCUUGCUCAGGCCGGGAAGAAUCUAAGGAAAUGCCACGACGGCCGGUUACCGCUCGACGGCUUCGUCUUCGGCGUGGAGACGGACAACUUAUCAUCGACUAUCAACGCCGAAGUCAACAAAUACCCACCCCCUAAAAUACCCCCGGGCUGGAAGCCCAAAAACAAGCAGCAAGACCCCGAACCUACUACAAAAGACUACAUGUCAACAUCCGAUGCCGCGAAAGCAUCCAAGCUGGACCCCAAAUCCCGCGCCCAGCUCCUCGGCGAAGCUCAGCUCCCGGGAAAGUCCGUAUUCGACUUCCUCUCGUCGUCAGCGCGCGACCGACUCGCCACCGCGACGGGCAAGACGAACCUGCCCCGCGGCCUAGGCGAGAUCCCCGAAGGCUACGCCAUGACGGAAGCAGAGCGGCAGCAGGAGCUCGUGCGCCGGGUCCCCGAGCUCGACAAAGCGACGGCCCUGGCAGUCAUAGCACGCGGUGCGAGCGGCGCCGGCAUGAUGCCGUAUGCCGACGACGAAGGCAAACGUCGACGGUACCGCGCGUACCUCGAGUGGGCUGGCAGCCUGUCCACGACGCCCCCGACGACAAGAGCCCCCGGCGUCAACGAAGACGACUGGCUCCGCGAACUCCACGAGUUCCGCAACUGCGCGCGCAUCUUCAAGCCCAUGACCGGCGCCAUGGCCUCCCGCUUCACCCCUUCCACCUCCUCAUCCUCGCAAUUCACCACAACCGGAGGCUCCGAUAACAACAACAAUCUCCUCACCAAACCGCUCCCGCCGCAGAAACCCCUAGACCCCGCCGAGGAAGCCGCGAGGCUGGGCAUGUACGGCUCCAUGACGCGGUCGGUAACCGACUUCUACCCGACUAGAUUGCUGUGCAAGCGCUUCAAUGUUAGGCCGCCUGCGCAUGUGCAGCCCGAGGGGCAGGAUGGGCAGGAAACGUCUACGUCUGCGUCUACGUUCGGCAAGGGAGCAGCGAUGACGACGAUGCCGAUGCCGACGUUUUCUACUGGAACUGGGACGGCGAUCACGCUUGAUGAGCUGUUGCGCGAGGCGCAGGGGGAAACAAGCAAGAUGCUGGAGCCUCCUCCUCCUCCUCCUCCUCCUCCACAGCCACCGCAGCAGCAGCAGCAGCAGGUGGCGGUGGUUGAUGCGGAGGUGAACGAGGCGUUGGAGGGGAAGCGUGCUCAGGAUGAUGUGCUGAGGGCUAUCUUUGGGGAUAGUAGUGACGAGGAGGAUUAGAGGAGAGGUCGAAAGGAUGUGCUGGCUUCAACCUACAUAGAUUAUUAUACCCCCUCCUGGCCUUGUUGAAUUGUUGAAUUGUGGGUUGCCCCAGGUGUGUAGGGGGUGAUCGGAAGUGUGCGAUAAGUUAGUUACCUGCACAGUAGCAGUAGCAGAAGCAGAAGCAGAAGCAGUAGCUCGGCUGUUUGAAGAGAAUAUUCACAUACAUAGUGUAGGUAGGUAGGUACACAAAUACCUACCCUACUUACCUACUUGCCUAGGUACCUAUAAUUGAGACUUUGAAUUUAACAUCCCGGGUAGG